CCCCAGGCCCUCUGCACAGCAGUGACCACCAGUGACCUGGCCGAGAGCCUCUCCCUACUCUUCUGUGGGGCCGAAGCCAAUUGCUACACCGGAGACCCGGAUUAUCCCACUCCGGUUGCCCUGGCAGAGCAAGCUGGACAGAGGCUGCAGAUGGAGUUCCUGAUGCAGAACAAGACCUCCGAGACCCCCCAGCUGGACGCUGGCCCCCAGGCUGAGCAGUGCUACUCGGUCAUCUCGCUCUCCGUGGCCCACAAUGGCUUCCUCUACAAGGCGCCCUCCAUGGCCAAGCUGGCCCUCGAACGCAAGUCCCGAGAAGGUCAGACGAAGCCCUGGGCCUCCCUCCCUCCGGCGGCCGAGGGUCUCCUGGGCCGGGACUUCGAGCGCCUGGGGCGCCUGCGCUACAAGGGCGGCCUGAGCCUGGAGCGGGCGCAGGAGGGCUGGUUCGCCCUGGUGGGCUCCAGCCUCUACGCCUUCCUGGAGGGCAGCGGCCGGGAGGAGCUCAUCCAGCUGCGGAAGCUGCAAGAACUCUCCCUCGAGAACGACGUCCUCGUGCUGGUGGAAAGAAGAAGAACGCUCUACAUCCAGGGCGAGAGACGGCUGGCCUUCCUGGGCUGGGUGGGGGCCAUCCAGAGAGCAGCUGGCAGCUCCGGGGACACUUUGUCGGAACAGCAACUGACCGACAUGGACGUGCCCGUCAUUGUGGACAGGUGCAUCGAUUACAUCACACAGUGCGGACUGACCUCGGAGGGCAUCUACCGGAAGAGCGGGCAAAACUCCAAGAUCACCAGCCUGCUGGAGUCCCUCCGCCGAGACGCCCGCAAGGUCCGGCUGAAGGAGGAGGACCACCAGCUGGACGACGUGGCCAACACCCUCAAGCGGUUCUUCCGGGACCUGGAAGAUGGGCUCUUCACCAAGGACUCUGCCCAGGCCUGGCUGAAAGUGCCAGCUCUGGAGGACCUCGCCGAAAGGAUCAACCGCUACCGUAGACUUCUCAACAGCCUCCCGGUGGUCAACAAAGCCACCAUGAAGGCCUUGAUCAACCAUCUCUACCGCAUCCAGUGUUUUUCUGAUGAGAACCAGAUGACCACCCACAACUUGGCCAUCGUCUUUGGGCCAACGCUCUUCCAGACGGACGGCAAGGACUUCAAGGCUGGACAAGUGGUGGAGGACCUCAUCAGAUGCUACAUGGAGAUCUUCAGUGUAGGUUGGGCCAAGGAUGAUGGGCCAGCGGGCAUCGCUGGAUUGGGUGGGCCUCGGCCUACCAGUCCUGCAGAAUUGGCGCUCGCUGGGGACUUCAUCUGCACGGUGUAUCUGGAGGAGAAGAAGAUGGAAGCCGAGCAGCACGUGAAGGUGGGCGACAACAAACACGGCUUGAUGAAGUUCCGGGAGGAGAAGAACGUCCUUGGGCUGGGACUCAGCACCGGCUUCCACGACCGAUACUUCAUCCUCAACAACCACUCCCUCCGCCUCUACAAGGAGGUCCGGAGCCAUAAACCCGAGAAAGAAUGGCUGGUCAAGAACCUGAAGAUCUACCUGGGAAUUAAGAAGAAGGUCCGUCCACCCACCUG